GUCAGCGUACUGCUGCAGCUGUCCAUGGUUGUGUAGUGGGAGCCAGAGAGGGUCUGGGUACGUGCGAGAUGCGGCCAUAGUCACGCUCCACUCUCCAACAUUAUAACCCGCUGGGAUCGUUAGUUUUGCAGCACAUCAGAGCCGACUGAAAGCCUGAGAACGUAAGGCAUCAUGGCUGAGCAGCAGAGGCAGCGCUCUCUGUCCACCGCUGGUGAGUCUCUCUACCACGUGUUGGGAGUUGAAAAGAUGGCCACAACGGAUGACAUUAAGAGAUCUUACAGGAAGCUGGCGUUGAAGUUUCACCCUGACAAGAAUCCUGACAAUCCAGAAGCAGCAGAUAAGUUCAAGGAGAUAAACAAUGCCCAUGCCAUUCUGAAUGACCCCACGAAGCGUAAUAUUUACGACAAAUAUGGCUCUCUGGGACUGUAUGUGGCUGAGCAGUUUGGAGAGGAGAAUGUUAACACUUACUUUGUCCUUUCAAGCUGGUGGGCAAAGGCUCUGUUUGUAUUCUGUGGCCUGGCUACUGGCUGCUACUUCUGUUGCUGCCUGUGUUGCUGCUGUAACUGCUGCUGUGGAAAAUGUAAACCAAGACCUCGGGAGGGCCAGGACCAGGACUUUUACGUGUCGCCCGAGGACCUGGAGGCUCAGCUGCAGUCUGAUGAGAGAGAGGCUGGUGGUGACCCUAUAGUGCUGCAACCAUCAGCAACAGAGACAACCCAGCUAACAUCGGAUGGGCACUACUCCUACCACACUGACACCGGCUUCAACUAACCCUCUGCUCCCAUCAAUCCUGGCCUGCAGUCCUGCCUGCUUCCUUGCUCCACCUCAGUGAGACGAAAGAAAGGGGCAAUCCAUCUUUCCACUUCAGAAAGGGAGCCAUGUGGAGGAGAGGGACUAGUAAGCAUGGCCCAUGAAAGGAACUAAUGAAGUCACAUCCCUUACACCCCUCCCUGAUUGGUCCACCUACUUAUCUCUCCCCCCAGUACGAGAAGAAAAGAGAAACAACUAAAUUGUUUCCUUUUUAUUUCUUCUUUUGUAUUUCUUGGCCUUUAACCACACAGGUCGCCUACCCCACUUUCCCUCUCCCAUAUUUUGCAUCAUGGUGUAGCAUGCACUGUUUAUAAAACAUGGUCUCCACAUAUUUUGCAACAUUUUUAGUUUGCAAGACUCAUAAUGUAGGUGCAUACGUACGUGCAAUAUGUUCAUACGAGUACAGUUCACAAGGAG